UAUGGAAGGGUGGUCUAGUGCAAACAGAAGGUCCCUUGCCAAAAAUAUACGCUAUAGGGCUAAGAGUCAAUCAAUUCGCUGUAAACGUAUUUCAACUAAUUCUAGGAAUAUUAACAACGACUAUGCCGAGUUGAAAAUUAUUAAUAAAACUAAUGGCAGCUUUCAGCCUAUAUUUUCAACUCGUAAAACUUCUAGUGUAAAGAUUACGAGCUCUUUCAACAAAAGGGCGAGAAGAAAGUCCUGCGGUUGUUGCCCUUGUCGUCGAUAUUUAGAUUCGGAGGAAAUAAUCCAAUUAAGUGAAGAGCCUGAAGGAGUUGAACGAAUAACACCUAAUCCAGGAAGGAACCUAAGAUUAGAGGAUGAUAUUAUAUCAACUUUAGAAGAAUUGCCCCUUGACGAGCUUCCCGCACCACCGAGAAUAGUUAAGCAAAGCGGGAAAAGAUCAGUGAAUAAAAGUAAUAGUAGAGAACUUAUAAGCGAUGAGAGAAUUGCAAAAAAAAGUGAAUCGCAGCUGAAUAAUAAGAUUGGCGAAGAACAAAAGCAAAAGAAAACCGCAUUAGGAUCUGACAGUGUAAUCGCAUUAGAAAAGAGGAACGUCGUAGAAGCAGAAAAAGAGGCGGUAUUAGAAAGUAAAAUUGAAAGGGAAAAUUUUCUAGAAUUGCAGAAUGGAAAGCGGUCGAAAGAAAUAGAAGCAAAUCUACCCUUAAUUGACAAAAGCAACUGGAAACAAAAGGGAGAUAGUAAGUGCUUAUCCUCUGAAAAAGCCUUUAGAAAGCUUGGAGAAGUAUCCCCAGUCUUAAAUUCAUUAACGAAUGAAAAUCAAAAAGGAAUCACUAUAUCAACUAAUUUACAGUCAGGCUUAGAAGACUCUUAUAGGAAUUUUCCUGUACAAUUUCCAUUAUCGUUUAUAACAAGCAACAAGAAUAGGCGUAUAUGCUCUAGGCAGCACCUACCCUUUUUUAUUACAGACAAGGGUUUCAAUGAGACACUACCCCCUUAUCUUACCAAUUUUUGGUUUAGGAAAGCAGAAAAGCAGACUCAUGCUAAGAGAAUUGAUAUGUUUGAUUUAAAUGAAAAACUCAUUGAAGUGCUGGGAACGGAAGAUGACAUUAUUCAAAAGGUUAUUAAGGGACAAUACACUUACACGUCCGAUGUUGGCAAACAUAAAUGGAAUUUGAACAGAGUCAAAAGUACUGAAGGGUUUACCAAUGAGAUGCUCAAGGAUAAUACGAGAUCGGCUAAAGUAAUCGAUGGAAAGUCGAUUAAAAAGCGUCCAACUAAGCAUGUUUCUCCGUUACUUCCAUUACCAAAUAAGGUAAAUGGGGAACAAGUCGAACCAUUUGACAGAAGAAAUGAGGAGGAUAUAAAAGAGGACGCUCUACGCCAACUGAGAACAUUAAUUGAGGAACUAAAUAGAAAAGCCUCGUACGCUUCUCGGCGGAAGAACGAAAUUUCCGUACCACAAAUUGCCAGGCGACAACGAUCGAUGGAAUACAUUAGGAAGGAGUACAUGGGUAAUAUGCAUAAGCUGAUCGAUAUUGAAAGACCAACAACUGGUUUUCUAGGGACUUUACCCCUUUUGAAGUUCACCGACGUGGAAUCGAUUGAAUUUACUGAUUCCGUAGUAGGAGUCGGCAAGCACUCUGUUAUAAUUGGGGGUUAUUAUAGUAACUACAAAAUUCCAGAUUCCCUACCUAAAAAGACGUCUAAUGAAAGAGACGUAGUAGCUAUAAAGUUGUACGAGAAAAAUGUCAAGGGAGCUUUGGCGAUUGUGGAUGUCUUCAAAGAAGCGGCUAUUCUAAGUUAUCUAUUUACAGAUGACAGCGACAAUCAUCUCCUUAUACCUAAAUUAAUAGGCCUACUACAAUUGGAAGAAUCAUACGAUUUUCUACCUUUUGCAUUAGUAACAAAGUUUAUUGGAAAUCGAGAGACGAUGGAAAUUCUAACUAUGGACAUAGUUUUAGUAAAGGAAACGGACAGCAGGAAACAAGGUAGAAUUAUAAUAGAAAAUUCGCAAUGGAUUGAGAUGCUAAUUAAUCUGGCUAAGUUCAUUCGCAAAUGCCACCGGAAAUUAGUGGUUGUUAAUAAUUUGAAAUUGACGAAUAUCGCCUUCCAACGAUUAGUUGAUGGUUGUUGGGUUCAUCCGAUUCCACUAAACUUUUCAAAUUCCUAUAGAAUAAAUAAAUGUUCUAAAAGCACUAGAUACUUGAAUUCUUUUGAACCAGAUAUUACGCAAUUUGGAUGUUUAAUCAAAUCUGUCGAUUUAUGUCUAAAUCUUGGCCUUGAAAAGAUCACUUCUCAUUGCCAAACGUCAACGCCAGUUAAUCUUUAUUGGUCGUUAUGCGAUAUAAUCGACGCUCUGGAGGCCUCUUUAAAAAAUGUUGGAAGGGUUUUAGAGGACGAGAAAAAAAACAAGAAAACGCUCGAAAUCGACAACCAAAAGAAAGUAUGA